UUCAUUAGUUGGCAGCGCCACGUCGACGAGUUAGCAUCUAGACUGCCGGAAUGAUCGGAUUGGGACAACUUUUGGCGUUAGCCCUGCUACUCGCUUCCAUGCCAGCGGGCCUGCGAGGUGCUGCGACACGAACACCCUUGGACACAAAGGCCAUUCGUCCGAGAUUCAGUGUAGAUCCCGGCAGGAUUAUCAAUGGAACGGAGGCCUCACUGGGGGCCACGAGGCACCAGGUGAGCAUUCGCAAGGCUCUCAACGAUGGCUACUUCUUUGGCACUGGUCACCUCUGUGGAGGAUCACUCAUCCGGCCGGGAUGGGUGCUCACCGCCGCCCAUUGCUUUGUGGAUCAGGUUAUUUACGACGGCACCUUCGUGCCCGAGGAGGAGUUCAUCGUGGUGAUGGGCAACCUGGAUCGCUACAAUCGCACCAACACGCUGACUUUCACGAUCGAAGAGCGCAUAAUGCAGCUGGAUAAGUUCGUCAUGUCCACCUACGACAAGGACAUCGCCCUGCUGAAGCUGAACGGCACUGUGCCCACUGGACAUCCGACCAUUCGUCCGAUUGCCCUCAGCCGGUUUGCCAUACCGGAGGGCGUCGUCUGCCAGGUGACGGGAUGGGGCGAGCGGGAGGAUGGCUAUAUCUCCGAUAUCCUGAUGACCGUCGAUGUGCCGAUGAUCAGCGAGGAGCAGUGCAUGAACGACAGUGACCUGGGCCACCUGAUUAAGCCGGGAAUGAUAUGUGCCGGUUAUCUGGAGGUGGGCGAGAAGGAUGCCUGCUCGGGCGAUUCCGGCGGACCACUGGUGUGCCAAAGUGAGUUGGCCGGCUUGGUGUCCUGGGGCAUUCAAUGCGCCCUGCCCAGAUUACCAGGUGUGUACACGGAGGUGUCCUACUACUACGACUGGAUCCUACAGAAUGUGGGCGAGGAUGAGGAUGCGAGUGGUGACGGAAGUGGCGACAGCGGAAGUGGCGAUGGCAAUGGCGAAGAUGAAGGAAGUGGCAGCAGCGGAAGUGGCGAUGGCGAAGAUGGAAGUGGCGAUGGCGAUGGUGGUGGUGCCGUGGCCGCCAUGGCCGGAACUCUGACCAUUCUUCUGCCCGGUGUUCUCGCUCUGAGGCAAAUGGCUGCGCAGCUCUGAAAAUAUUUUAAUAAAACUAUUUAACCUAA